AUGCGAACACAUCUCUUUAGUCUUAAUGCUACUCAAAUAUCAACCGAAAAAUCUCUUGGAAAACAAGCUAUCUUUUUCGGUCAUGCUAAUGGUUAUAUAUCACUUUUUCAAGGUGAUUCAUUAACUAUGGAACCUAUAUUAGCACAUAAAAACUCUAUAGUAUGUCUUGAAACAUCACGAGCUAGUAUGGAUACAUCAAAUAUAUCGUUUACAAAUAGUGAAGUACUACUUUCAUGUAGUAACGAUCGAAUUAUUUAUAUAUGGGAUUUAACUAUAAAUAAAUCCGAUGAAUCUAUUCAAUUAAUUCAUAUCAUAACAAUUGAACAAGAAAAAAAUGUUUCAUUUGAAACAAUAAAAUUUUUAUCUAUGAUUGAUAAUUUUCUUGUUGCUAAUUAUUCUGAUCAAAAUUUUUUACAUAUUUGGCAAUUAUUAAAUAUUUCUCUACAAACAAAUACAUAUAAUCAAUGGGGAAUUGUUGAACAUCCAACAAAAGGUAGUUAUCAUCAUGGUCAAAUACAAGGUAAAAAUCUUUUCUUUUUUUUGUCUUUAACUUUUUGUAAAGCAAUAUCUGCAACAUCAAAAUUAAAAUUAUUUGCUUCAUCAGAUACUGAAGGUAGUAUUAAAAUUUGGGAUAAUACAAAUAGUUUAUUACGUGAAAUAUAUCUCGAUAAAACACUUGGUGCAAUUGAAUUUCUUUCACUUAAUGGUGAAUUAAUUAUUGCUUAUCAAAAUAAUAUUCAUUUAAUAUUACCAGAAAAUUAUUUAAUAAAUGAUAAAAAAUUUAAAACUAAACAAGAGAUUAUUAUGCAUAGUAUUGCAGAAGAUAUUCGUUUAGAAAUAAAUCAACCAUUGAUUAUACCAUAUCAAUCAUUACCAAUAUUUGAUUACAAUAUAAAAACACAUCAUAUUAAAAAAAGAUUAGAAAGAUUUGAACGACAAUUAUCAGGUCGCUUUGCUGUUAUUGAAAGUGAUAGUUCUCAAUCAGAUAAUGAAGAUCAUCAAUCAUCAAAUACCGAUCGUUUAUCAAUUAUAAGUGAUGAUUCCACUUGGUCUGAAUUAGCUGAAGAUGUCAAAGAUAUAUUGCGAAUGAAAAAAUAUGAAGUUCGACAUCAACACAAAUAG